AGUUAUCGGUGCGUGUGUGUCAUCUCUAAACGUAAAAAUGUCAGCGGCACGUUUAUACGGAGGUUUUCGUUUAUUUUCCUCGAGUGCCGUGCAGCGCAAUGCCGUGGGUGGCAAGAGUCUGGUGGAAGCCGUGGCGGUGACCCGGAGUGGACGCACAAUCGUUGCCUGGCACCCGGACUCACCCGUUCCCUAUGAGAACACUCAGCCGCUUCCGCAGAUCGCCGAAGUUCAGAGCUCAUUGGUGGUCAAGGAAUCGGCGCUGAAAACGGCGAUGCGGGCCUUCAAGAGCAAGUCCCCGGAGGUGGCCCGCCAGGAGCUGAUGCAGCUGACCCACACGACCAAGCACCGCUGGUUUCCCCGCGCACGCGACAGGAAGGCCAAGCAGACGCCGAUGGACCGACCGUACCUGUAAUUCUCCACCCAGGGCAUUGCAUAAUAUACAAAUAAAUUCGUUCUCGUUUAA